AUGUCCAAAUCGAGUUUGCUGUCCCGUGACGUGAAGGGGAUUGAAAUUGGACGUUUUGUCCAUUUUUCCCUUCUGACCAUUUUUAAAUUUUUGUCAUAUUUCCUUUCCCCCAUUUAUUACUGUCCCAUGCAAUAUUGUUUACGACUAAGAGAAUCACGCGCCCUCAUACACAAUUUUUUUCGUAAACAAAUCCGUCCGCGUCCAAAAUUUUUUUCAUUUUUAUACAACUUUUUUUCUCUCAUCAAUAUUGCUUUUUUUAAUAGUUUUUUCUGAGUACUUAAAAAGAAUAUUUUAGAAAAAAAAGGCGAAAGAUAAAAAAAGAAAGGACGGAAAGGGGGGACUUAAACUUUAGAAUAUUUUUAAAAAAUUUUUAAUUUUUCUUUCCAAGUUUGUUUAGAGUAAGGGACUGAAUGGGAAUGUAGAAAGAUGAGAAGGGUGUAUUUUGUAUAAGCAGGGAUCGGUCGAUUCCGAUUUCUAAAAAUUUCCACCUAUUUUAGGGUUUUACCCCGAUAGCUUGAGGGCGCGUUCGUCGGUUGGAGUAUGAAUGACAUCAAGUUGUUACCCCAACAAACGCGCCUUCAAGCUGCCGGGGUUUCCACGUUCCAUCUUUUGAGCCAUUUCCGAUUUCCGAUAGUUCCAAUUCCCCCGGCACCUUCGUCAUUUUCGACCGAUCUAUGCUACCUAGUCUUACACUGUCACGUACUCUAGGUGACAGAAUGCACAAUGGACUUCGUUCUUUUAUAACGAGUUUUUUUGCUUUUCCAAAUUUGUGUUUAUAAGAGACAAAAACGGCAAUCCCGGAGAAUUGGGGUCCCUGC